AUGGCCUCGACGCUACGGGCACCGCCCAACCCUAUACUCAUGAAAUCGAGCUCUCACCCAGAGAACCCUAUACCAGAAGAGCCCAAGCAGUCGCGACAGCUCUCGACGUCGACUUCAGAUCCCAGCCAGUCACCGCGGUCGCAACCAGUAGAUGAGGUAUAUUCAGACGAUGCAUCGAGUAUAGACACCACCCCCUCAACACCUCCCGAAACCUCAGACGACUUCAUUGAUAAUCUACCACACAUUGCACCACACAGCAAGAAACGACGGGCAUCAACGAUACUGGUGUCUCAAGGCACGGAAGAUGUCAAUCGCAUUCUUGGACUCGGUGGCACAGUCGGCCUCAUACAGAAAACCUGCUGCGGAGGCGGGUGUUGCAAGUCACAGCAAUUGAAACCUGCUGACCCAGGUGCUCUACGAGUUCCAUUCCUACUACCAGACUCCGCCGCAUACAGAAGUCUCGACAUCCGGUUAGGAGAGCUUGCGCUAGAUAGUGAGCUACUUGACAUCGUGGACAUGCCAGCAAAGACCGUGUCAUUUGAGAAGAUCGGUUCGUCAGAUCAGCCACAGAAUAACCGCACAUCAGCACAGUCGCCCGCGGAAGUGCUCAAGCACCCACCAAACUUCGUCCAACCUCAUCCGCCUUACCAGGUCUUUUCAGCACCACUAUAUCACGCUCGAGAACUGACCAAGCCUGGCGCCGAAAAGCGCACAUUUCAUUUCGACCUCGAUGUCACCGACUAUCCCGUCGAGGGAGGUGACGUCGACUUCGUCGUUGGGGGUGCCAUCGGUGUUUGUGCGCCCAACCCGCAAGAAAUCGUCAACGAAGUUUUCGACAGACUUGGCAUACCGAGCUUUGUGCGAGACAAGCCCGUCCUAAUGAAGACAGUAUCAGGCCGCUGGCCAACAAUAUGGGGCGAAGACGAAGCCCGCGAACUAAUCUUCCGCCUCCUAGCCGAAUACGCCGAAGACGAGCACGAAAAGAAGAUCCUCCUCUACCUCUCCUCCGCUCAAGGCCAAGCCGCCUUCUGCGAUCUCCGAACCGGACCCUACAUCACCAUCCUCCAAGUCCUCACCGCAUUCCCCUCUUCUCGCCCGCCACUCGACCAUUUUCUCUCUAUCCUCAACCAACUCAUGCCCCGCUUCUACUCCCUCUCCCAAGACCCCAAGGUUUCCGCCACGCGCGACAACCGCCGCAUCAUCGAAAUCGCCGUCACAGUCCACGAGUCCGUCAACUACGAUGCGUCCGCCGCACGGGCGUAG